CGGGCGGGCGCUGGGGGCGCUCUUGGCGCUUGGCCUUUCUCUCCAGGGUCCCCCACCGCCUCCUGCGGUCCCUCCCCCGGCUCGGGCUCCUGACAUCACGGCCCGGGAGGCGGGCUCGGGAAGGAGGGAGCUGUGGGGAGGAGGCUCCGCGCCGCCGCCAGGGAGGAGGGAGGGCGCGCAGUCCCGGCCCAGAGCUUCAAAACAGCCCGGCGGCCUCGCCUCGCGCCCAGCCCGUGCAUCUGUCUGUCCAGCCGCCCGCGCCGCCGACUGCGCCCGCACAUCCUUCUCUGGGCUUCAGCGUGACCCCUCGGCCCGCCCUGCUCUGUGAACAUGUUGGUGCUUCUUUUCUUCAUCAUUGCCUUCCACAUCACCUCUGCAGCACUGUUAUUCAUUGCUACCAUCGACAAUGCAUGGUGGGUAGGAGAAGACUUUUUUGCAGAUGUCUGGAGGGUAUGCGUCAACACCACGAACUGCACAGAAAUCGGUGAACACUUUGCAGAUUACUCCACGCUGCAGGCAGUGCAGGCCUCCAUGAUCCUCUCCACCAUCCUCUGCUGCAUCGCCUUCUUCAUCUUCCUUCUGCAGCUCUUCCGCCUCAAGCAGGGCGAGAGGUUCGUCCUGACCGCCAUCAUCCAGCUCAUGGCAUGUCUGUGUGUCAUGAUCGGUGCCUCCAUUUAUACCGACCGCCGCCAAGACGUUCACAGCAAUAACUACCACUUCUACCACCUGACCUCAGAAGGCAGAUACGGCUACUCGUUCAUCCUGGCCUGGGUGUCCUUCGCCUUCACCCUGGUCAGCAGCCUCAUGUACACGAUCCUGCGGAAGCGCAAAUAGAGCUGGGGCGCCGGGGCCUGCAACACAGAAUCCGCACCAGAUAACCAUUUUGUAUAUAAUCAUUUUUUGUGGUUUUCCUAGCAAACGUAUUGUUUCCUUUAGAAUCCAAAAGGAAAAAAAAAGUGGAGAGAGAAAGAGGAGUUUUUGCAUUUUUGAGAUCAGAGAAUAGGCUGGUAUUCAGAACUCCUGCCCACCCGAAAGUCUCAGCAAGACAAAGGCACAAUCCAGAGAGCGCUGGGCAGGACAUUUCUUAACCUUGGGGCUGGGGAGAGGGUGACGGGAGAAGGCGAGUUCUCUGGGAGGUGUUUCCUGUAGAGUGUGGCCUCACCUCUCCAUUCCCCUCCUCAGCUUCCCUUCCUGAAGCUCUGUCCAAGGCGGAAGGUGUGGUGAGAAGGGACCCGGGUGAGGUACCGCAGUGUCCUCAGAUGCUGAGCCCAAGUUCAUUGAGAACCAGGGGAGGGCAGUCCCUGAUGUCUUGUCUGCAAGGGAGCCAGAGCCUGCGCCCUCCUGCGGUGGGGUAGGGCGGCCACCCGGAUUUGCUGUCCACGUCUCUUGCUUGCCUUGGGGACAGUGAUCCUCCACAUGGCUGUCAGACUGAGGCAAAGAAUCUCCACAACUGAUUCCUUAGAGCAUCUUUUAAAAUGCAGACUCUAGGUCCACUCCCCAGACCCUCAGCAUAGGUCUUCAAGGGAUGGUCCUGGGAAUCUGCAUUCCUAACAAGCUCCUUGGAAGAUGCUGGGAUGCACUAGAAUUGGGCACCACAAGCCCCAAGCCAGGUGAGCAGGCUACUAGCAGACUUGUGUUGAGAAGGCCCCACUCCCAGCCAUACUUUGGCCUCCAUCGACUCCCGGUUCUCGCUGCCUCUUCCACAGCUGUUUACAUCUGGGCCACCCAUGCUGCACACCCAGGCAUGUGUCCCAGUGGCCCCACACCUCUCCCAGGCCUCUUCCUUCUCUUCCUGCCCGCACCCUAUGCCUGGCUGCCUCUGCUAACCCCUAUUUCUGCAGCCCCAGACGACCAUGCAGCAUUCAUUCAUUCAUUCAUUCACUCAUUCGUUCAUUCAUCAACAUAGAUCCCAGCAGACUUGUCCGCGAUGCCCUCCCAAGACAAUCUCUGUCCUCAUGAGGCUCGGUCUAGUAGAGGAGACAGACCAGUUAGGUAACUGAUUACAAACUCAGGUGGAGCUACAGAGGGCACAACUGAGGAUUCAAAACAGGCCCUGAGGAUGGAAGGAGCUGCUUUAUGCGCAGCUGUUUUUAAAUGCUCCAAGGCAUUAGACCCACCUAAAUAUAGCUCCAGUCCAUUCAGACAGGUGGCAUUUGUUGGGCAGCGCCUGCAUGUAUUGUACCCAGAGAACAUUCUGUGGAAGACCCCCUGGACCCCACAGCAAAUGAGGCAAAAGAGGAUCCCCAGAGGCAGGGUUCUGGGCACCAGAACCACGCAGGAGAGUAUCUGGUGUGGCAGGACCUGCGCCCAAAGUACCCUCCACACUGUCUCCCCAGGUGGGCGCUCUGUGAUGCCCUCACACCACAGUGGAAACAAGCUAAACGUCUUGGAACCUAACUCCCAAACAGUGUGUGGAUUCCCUUCACAAAAAACCCUCAGGGCUGCAAGCUGUCUGCGUCCCUACAAUCCAGAAUGACCUCAGGGGUUUUCCCAGCUGGCUGCCCCUGGGUCUGACAUUCAGGGCCCACAUCCAUCUGUGACGCGCAGUUUGGGGAACGCAAGAGAUGCCUCUUCCCUGCUGUGUGUCGUGCAUUUGGGAAGGUGGAGAGUUGAUGAUGUCGGGGAGAAAAUACCCAUCCAUCCUCCCUGUAGGUAGGAUCAGCCCUCGUUUGGUGCUUAUCAUCAGCUAUUCGAGAACAACUACCAAACUAGCUAAGACAUCCAAGAAGCAAAUAUUUGGACCAAAUUUAUAACUGUGUUGAAGGAACUGUAGUUUGCGCAUCUUACGACAUUUUUAUAAAGUACUGUAAUUCUUUCAUGGGGGGGCCAUGUGAUGGAGGCAGACUAACUUGUUUUGUUAUUUGCAUUAAAAUUAUUUUGGGUCUCUGUUCA